AUGCUUGAAUUAGAAGGAACUAGAAUAGUAUCAAAGACUACCAGAAAUGGACAAAAGACCACUGGCAAUGCACUAAAGGCCACUGAUAAUACACCAAAGACCACCGGAAAUAGACUAAAGACCACUAUAAAUGUACUAAAGACUACUGGAUAG